AUUCCAAUCAUUCACUGAUCACCUCAAGUGUAAAGAAAAGGAAAGCUUUUCGCAAAGUCUCACCCGGCAUUAGAACUACAUUACGUUUACUCCACGAACACCCAAUAAUCCAUCUUUCAGGGUGGGGGAAAAUGCUCAGGCUACUCAAGUUACCACAAACGGUUGUACUGAUAAUCGAUAACCCAACAGUGGCUGGAAAUUUCCGUCCGACAACAUGGAUCGUUUUUGGCGCUCUCAUAUUCCAACUUCUUGCCUGCAUAUUCCCCUACCGAUUCGUGGUGUCUAUCACCAUUGGCGCUCUACUGCUGCGCCUCAUACCCGCUCUUCUAGUAUCUUAUGGCCUACUAACCAAUCUUGAAUUACAAGAGGUUAAUCCCUAUAAAGCGAGCGUCAUGUUCCCUAGACCAGGCGGUUCCUCUGGACUGAACCCAUCAGGAGAAGGCAUUGCUCUGCUCAUCCUCGGUAUCAGAAUCAGUCACCCUCUGGGUAUACUCGCCCCAGGCGCGAAAGCAACCGGUGAUUUGUUUAGAUCUCUUGUUGAAGACCUCGAUGCUCAUCCGAGCGAGCAUGGGUGGUUGGGUGGUUCGCUCAUCAACGGGCGCACGAGAACAGGCUUAAAGAACGACCAUCUCAGCAUAAUCGGAUACUUUAAAACGAUGGAAGACCUUCAUAAAUUCGCUCAUGGACCUAUGCAUAGGAAUGCUUGGAAUUGGUGGAGUGCCAACGUCAAAUCAAUGCCACACAUCGGGAUCUAUCACGAGGCUUAUGACGUCCCCGCGAAUCAUUGGGAGGCAAUCUAUUUGCAAACACCAAGCAUUGGAUUAGGAAGAUGUAAGAUUAAGAGCGCUGAUGGCCAAUGGAGGAACUUGUUGAUUGAUGCAAAGCACGAGAUAUGGAGAAGCUCGGCUGGAAGAAUGGGCCGCGGGGAAGGAAAGACGUUUGGCGACGACCCGUAUUUGCGACUAAAUGUUUCUAACUAGGCGAGAAUUGCGGUUUAGACCGGCUAUGAUAACAAAAAUUGGCGUUGUUCGGCUUUGAAUAAGGAUUGCUACACUUGGAGAUAUUUUGGUCCGUAUUCGUGCGGAUUGAAUUAUGAUCUCGGACCUUCUCGGAUUACAAAGUUUGGAGCGUAAAUGCAACUCAUCUAAUAUGUGGAGUUUAGCCCUAUCGUACAUGUAUUGGGUUGUUACCCGUAUCCUGAAUGUUUGUUUCUGUAUGAUGACAAGGGUACAACGGC